AUGGUGUCCUCGCGGGAUUACUAUGCAGACCUUGAGCUGCCUCCGACUGCGGAGAUUCAAGACAUUAGGAAGCAGUAUCGCAAACUGGCAUUGAAAUACCAUCCGGACCGGAACCCCGGGCGCGAGCAUGAAGCCAACGCGCAGUUUCUCGUCAUCCAAAAGGCCCACGAUGUCCUCACGGACCCCCAACAAAAGGCAGCGUUUGACGCCACUCGAGGCCGCGCAACGGCCAAGAGUCGAUACCCCACUGCCUCGGGCGUGAGAGGAAACCCCUGGGCAGAUGUUGCCCAGCAAUUCCCCACGCCGCCCCGUCGCAACCAGUCCACGCGCACCCCAGGCUCUAGUGCGGCCUCGGGUGCUGAGAGAUGGAACACGCGCUUCUCAGCUGGCGUGCCACCUACGGCGAGGCAAAAUGCACCGACGAGCUCGGAGACUAGGAAGAACGCGGCCCAAACCUUUGCCAACAUGCGGCCGAAACCCCAGGCCAAGGCUGAUGCUGGCUCGUCGCGCCCGGUACCGCCAGGUCCCCCUCCACCGACGCCUCCUCGCACCGAAUCGGCAAAGCAGCGGCAGCAAGCCUUCUUUGGCGUGCGGCGAACUGGCUGCCAGACUCGCACCACGGCGAACGGUGACGAGCCGCCUGCGGCUAGCAACAACUACUCCAGACGCACCGAGACGCAGAAUCCACCGCCUCCACCACCCAGACCGACCCCGCAACCGAGCACCGCGUCGUACAGGAUGCCCGAUCCAUUGAGCGGAUUCAGAGAGAAGACGUCAUCUGAAAGGCAGAGCUCGCCCUACGCUUCACACCCCGGGGAGAGGACCGACCCCUUCGAUUCUAGCGCAUCUCCGGAGAAACAGGCUCGCCAGCAACAGACGCAGCAAGAUACCCCGCCAACACCCACCGGCCGUCCCAAGGCUGCGUGCAGGCCACGAAGCAAGGCGUCGGAAUCCGCCAGCGACGGAGAUCCGAAAGACGGCAUGUUCUCGGCCGGGACCAACCCUCGGGCUGAUAGCCAACAUUUUCCCAUGUAUGAGCCACUCUAUAACCACUACGGUUCUCUCUCAUCGAAGAAACAUAUGCACCAUAGCUCUCUGGAGAACCACCAAGUGGGGGUUGUCCAGGAGACAACCGGUAGUCAUGGUGGGGUCCACCUCGGCCGAUCGGCGGACCAGUUGCACCAGCUAGCGAUUCCAAGUGGAGCCCGCGAGCCGCCCCGGCAUCUGUCCGCUUUCGACCGGGAGCAGCAUAUUCUGCUAGAUCGGCUCAUUGCAAACGCUGAGAACCCGACCGAAGGACCAGAGAGACGCCCACUAUCUCCGGGUCCAAGCGUAAAUUCUGGGAGCAAAGCUAACAACCGCCCCUACAGCUUUAACAUUGCCACCGAUGGCGGCUUCACAACGCCAAAGCCCACCACUAGUUUGCCCGGGGGCAGCACCGAAAAAAUCAACACCAGCUUUGUUGCAGGUGAAGACCGCAACACCUGGACCUUUAGCGCGGGCACCCCAAUCAAGGACUCGCCCCCCGAGUCAGCCUGGCAACAGAAGACACAAGAGCAGCAGCAGCAGUCUCCAGAUAUCCCGCCCAAGGUUCCAGAAGCAGAGACGACCAAUGGCUACACGAAGCCUGCCCAAGGGGAAGGUGGCUUCAACGCGGAAGGAUGGAGCGAUCAAUUUGGGCCGGAGACGUUCGUGCCCCCAUCAAGGACGAAUUCAAUGGCCUCGCCUGAAAAGGCAAACGCAAAUCGGAAGACCCCUAGGAGGACAAAGUCUACGAAAUCGACGACGGGAGAUGAUGAACAUAGUGCUAUUCUCAUCGAAGGCAGCAGCGACGGAGAGGACGAAGAAGAGGGAGUAUUUACAUGGCGGGGACGGAGAUCUCAGGGCAAAGCCCAUGCCACCACGGGAAGCCCUCAGGCUAUGGACAUUGACCCUCCAGCAGCCGAGCCCCUCACACCGUCUCCUGAGCGACACGUUCCCCGCAACAUACCGGUCGAGCCAUCACGGCCUGAGUGGCGAUCGGGCGAUUUCGGCGGCAGCAGCAGCGACAGCGCUAAGCCACCUACUCCCGAGGCGGUACAGCUGCCGCAGCCGCCGCAACCGCAGCCGGCCCGUGUCGGAGGCUCUGAAGAUUCUGAAGAGUUCAAGGCGAGCUUUGCUGAACUGCGAAAUGUGGCGCCCUUUGCACCUAGCGAUACGGGCCUACGAUCGCUCAGCGACCUCAGGGACAGCCUGCCGUUCGAGAGCAAGCCGUCCAACGAGAUACCCCUCGAAAUGGCGGAGGUGACGGCAGCCAAUGUGGCGCCACAGCCCCUCCUAUUCCCGAACCCCCCGGCGGCGCCCCGGCCGCCGACGACAAUGGGCGUGGCUUCGAUGAAGACCAAUCUGCCCACGUGGGAGAAGUACGUGCGCGAGUUUGAGGAGUACGAGCGUCUCUGGGACCAGUUCAACUGGCGAGUGACGGACCAUUUCGCCACGCGCAAGGACAAUAUGACGUUGCUGCGGAGGGAAAAGGGGUACAUGUUCCUCGGCGCUCGCGGAGACGCGGAUUUCAUGGCGUACAUCAAGACGGUGCAGCAGGACAAGGAAGUCAGGAAGCGGUGGGAUGCUGCGUGUGACGAGCACGAGAAGAGGCUGCAGGAGUUUAUGGCGUUUAGAGAGCAGAUGAAGGCAUGA